CCCUCUCACAUCUCAUUCUUCUCCCACAAUGGCGGCUGCGACGCUCCGCUCUGUACUCCGCCGCAAUCGCCUCCUGACCUUGUUCGAAACCUGCCACCUUCGAGAUCGCCUCUUCUUCUCCUCCUCUGUCAACGCUGCCGCCGUCACCGUAGGCGGCACCAUAUCUCCAGAUCCCCACUUCAUGGUGGAAUACCUCGUGAAUUCCUGCGGGUUCUCCCCCUCCGAGGCAGCCAAGUUCUCUAAACCCCUUGCGCACCUCCGAUCCACCGAGAAACCCGACGCCGUUCUUAACUUCAUGAGAUCUCAGGGCUUCGAUGGCGCCGGUAUCAGGAAGGUGAUAUCUUGGAAACCCAAUUACCUAUGCUACAACGUGGAGAAGAACCUCGCCCCGAAGUUUCAGUUCUUACGCGAUUUGGGCCUAUCGGAGUCGGAUAUCGUCGAUGCCAUCCUGAAGAACCAUGGCAUCCUCCUCUUCAACGCUCAGCGUUCCAUCGUCCCCAGAUUGGAGAUGUGGGAAAGUCUCUUGGGAUCGAGAGAGCUCGUUCUCAAGCAUCUCAAGAAGACAAUGCGGUUUUUCCACUCCAGCGUUGAGAAGACAUUGCAUCCUAACCAAAAGUUCUUGAGGGAUGAGUGCGGCAUUCCUGAAGAAAGGCUCUCUGUCGUCUUGAGAAGUCACCCACAAUUAAUCUCACAUAAACCAGAGUCUCUCCGAGCUUUGGUUGCGAGAGCCGAUGAGCUGGGGAUGCCACGGCAAUCUCGGAUGUUCAUUUGGACACUUAAUAUUCUCCAGAGGGUAAGCAAAGAAAGGUUCGAGGCCAAGGGCGAGUUCAUGAGGAGGUUCGGGUGGUCGGAGUCGGAGUUUUCUUCUGCUGUCAGGAAAGCACCCAACUUCAUAGGCAUGUCCCUCGAUAUGUUGCGCAGAAAAGUGGAAUUUUUUAUCAAUGUGGUCGGUUGCACCCCUUCCUUCAUCGCCGACAAAUCAUAUCUCUUGCUAUUUAGUCUGCAGAAGAGGGUAAUUCCUCGGUUUCGUGUCACAGAGAUGUUGAAAUCGAAAGGAUUGUUGACUGGACAAGCCAAGUUUCCAUACAUUCUCGCAUUAUCAGAUACCAAAUUCUUGGAGAAGUUUGUUCUCCCUCACAAAGAAAAUGUUCCUGAGCUGCUCGAUAUUUUGAGAGUUGAGGGCGUGUGUAAAGGAAAAUGAUACCUUUCAUUUGGUAUCGGAGGCUGAGAAAGGCCUUAGCUGAUGGUUUAAUUUGCCAACGACGAAGGUAGAUUGUCCCCUAAUUUGAGAUUUUGGAAAUAGAAUGCAAAGGGCUUAUCAAAAGGUGUACUGAGUAUGCAGUGGCUUCGAUGGAGUUUUAAAGAGCAGUUGCAUUGGGUUGAUCAGGAGUCACCAGCAUUAGUACUAUCUUUGCUUCAAGGUUGUAUGGACUUAAGCAUCAGAACUUGGGUAUGCUAUCAUGAAAUGUCUUCAGCCUCAUUUGGAAUUGCAAAAGCUUUUCCUGCAUCAACAAAUUCUGACUUGCCUCCGGUGGCUUCAGCUCAUCCACCCUUUGUGAUUUGGUUAGCAGAUCUCUUCAUUCUUGGAGUCUGUGGUCUAUGUUUCCCUCGUCAUGAAUGGCUUGGCCCAAUGGAAAGUCAAUUUAGGCAGAAUUAUAAAUUCCCUA